GCUGUGCAUAUCUCCUAUAUGAAUAUGGAGGAGGAAGAAGAUUUAGACAACAAACAGUUAUGCAAAACUGGUCCAAAUCAGCAAAAGGAGAUUCUUCACUUUCCAGAUAUACACUCCCUGAAUAACUCUCAAGCUGCUCCUUUUAAGAUUAGGCAUUGUUCUCUAUUUAUACCUUUGCUUCAUAUUGGCAAGAAAAUGCCUCAUUUGAGCAAAUUGACUAGGAUGAGUUCAAGUAUAGCUGCCUCUUCUGGUCUCUUUAUUUCACCUCUAAGAGAGCAAUUUGAUAACUGUUUUAAUAGUGCUUUGAUAUCAAAUUGGCUGGAGAAAGCUCAUAAUUCCAUUACUGACUUGGAUGCUUUAUGCUCCAUUGGAGACAGCUGUGAAUGCUUUGCACAUUUCUGGUUUUCUGAACUACAAUAUGAUUCAAAACUGCAGUUAUUGGAAUUAGAAAUGAGCCUAAUUGAUGAUGAAUUGCAGCUUGCAUUUCUUGAGGGGUUGGACUCUGACUUGCAGCCUUCUGAUUUGCAUUUCGUCUUUGCUGCCACACUGAGUGAAUAUCCCAUGGAACUCCUGAACAAACAGAAACCAUAUGUUUUCCUUGACUAUUUAAACCUGUUAUCUUCAGAGCAAACAACUGGAUAUAAUAAUGUUAUGCUUUCAAGCAUAAAUUAUACAACAGCUAAUCCUCAGCUAUCUCAGUGGUUGUUAGCUGUACAAGCUUUUGCACUAACAAAUCUGUGGCAUGCAGUAGUACAGGUAAAAACAAAACAGUGCUGAAAUUUUAUUACUGGCUGUUUUUAAGACUAAUAGAAAGAUAUCUGACUAAAUCAAAGAUAGUGUUGAGACAAAGUUACCAUUCAUGUUCCAACACAAUAUCUAGACAACUAAAAUUAAAUCACACUUCUAAACUGCUAGUGAAAUGGACUAUCUAAUAAAAGGGAAUGUUUUUAUA